CUUGGCCCGGUGUGCGUCGAGCCCCGCCGCAUCGUGAAGGUGCCCCAUCCUCCGAUCCCUGCCGCCGGCGCGGAGGGGCCGCCGAGGCGUCACCCCGGGUCGGAGCCGAGCCCGCUCGAGGCAGCGCUGCUGGACACCGUUCACCGGCACCACCUCCAGGCGCUCGCCAUGAUGGACCGCGAGAUCGUCGGCCGGCACGCGCGCGGCAUGCUGCUCGCGGGCUACGCUUACGGCCUCCACGACCCCGUCUGCAACAUCCUCGCCAACUGUCUCUGGCACGAUGCGGUGUUCCCCGCUUCCUCGAGCCCGGAGGUUCUUCAGCCCAUGAUGCUGAGCUGCAAGGCCAUAUUCCGCCUGGCUCGCCGCUCCCUCGAUGCCCUUGUCGCCUUCAUGAGGGCGUACGCGCCCGCCCUGUCUGCUGAAGAGGCCAUGUCCUACCUGAGCAGAAGCCAUGGCAAUCUUCACCAUGCCGCCGUGCUUGUUGACAGAGAAGGUGUCUUCCACACAAACCGCAUGGACGACGCCUUCAGGGCUGCCAUUCUGGCAGCGCAUCUCCCUAGUGACGCAGCUCGCGAGGCUCAAUUCUUUUUCAUUGUCAACUGUGCUCCUACAGAUGCUUUUCUUGCAAAGCAUGGAAUUCAUGGUCACCCAUUAGCUUUUGGAUUAUCUGACCUGAGGCCGCAAAGCAAUUCAUCGCUUAUAGUGCUCGAAUUUGUCAAGUUGGCUGCUUCCAGUUUAGCCCUCACACAGCCGCCACCAAGCUCGCCGAGCCUAAGCCAAGGAGCAUAUAGAGCGUUAAGGAUCAAGAUGCAUGCCUUCAAGAGGGAUCAGGAGUUUUGCCUUGGUAUAGUAAACAUUGCACUCAAGAAACUUGCGUUCCAGUUUGGGGAACUUUAUCAGAUUCAUCUACUAUGCGGCAAAAGUUUGGUCACUUUGGUUCCUGAUAGCUAUUAUCAUGUCAACUUUUUGGCAUCACGCGAGAGCGAGCCUAAUCAGCCUAAGCUGUUUUUUGCUGAGGAUCGUGCUUCACUUAAAGAUGUGGAUGAUGUGACCUUGUGCUGCCCUGUGACAUUAUCAGGAAGAACUGGUGGAUGCUCUGCUUGUGAGUAUAUGGGAAUGAAACUCAUUCAUCCUGUAGAUGAGAAGUUCAAUGGACAAUGUGACUUCACUAAGGGUAAAGACCCACACAUUGUUGAACUUUUCAGGAAAGAACCUACCUCAGAGUUUGAUGUUCCACUGAUUGAUGAUUACAUUUUCUUUGAGCUUGAUCAACACCCUGAGGUUAUAACCUUCCUGGAGACCUCUUACUCCUAUAUGAGUGAUGAUCAAGUGGACCCGAGUCUUUUGUGGUUUGAAAAUUACAUGCCUUGAGCUGUGUUAUUACUGGUAUGUAUAUGAUAUUUAUUAAUAUUUGUAUGCACUAACUUAGGCAUUUUAAUUGGUGAAAAGCAGAUGUAAUCAUAGAAACUAGAAAUUUUGGGGAUACAAGAAUGCAUACAUCUUGAAUACACUAACAACAAUCAAAGAGACAUCACUACGGGUGUCCGAGAUCACUUGAUGAGGAACACUCGUCGAUUGGGGUGAAGACAAUUUUGAAGGUCCGACUACAAACUAGUUCGCAAUUAAACAACACAACAAUAACUAUGAUAUGCAAUCUGGAUAUUGCGAAUCUCUACUAUUAAAGGGGGAUCGAACGUCGUGAUGGUUCAACCACCUCGUUCGAUCCCCCCGCCUCGUACGACAGCCAUCGCGCGGUGUCCCACACGCCCGCACAAAAUCCAUCCCGCAAGCCCAAAAAAAACAAGGGCAACUCAUCCGAUAUUCGGCCCAUGGACCACCAGUCAAACGAGCCAAACCCCACGAUCACACGCCCAGCCAACAAACAAAACAGUUCAGCAACCCACGAACGAGGUCCAUCUACCAAAAAAAAAAAUCUACCAAAAAUCAAACCAUCGAACGAGCUCCAUCGACC